AGCUUAACAAAAAGAAAUAUAGCAACGUUAGCAGCUAACCAGGAACCAGUUCAACUGACAGUUUGAGUGAAUUACCGCUUUAUCAGGGAGGACUUUUGUUGUUUACACUCAGCCGUCCCACAUUUUGGCGUGGGGGUAUUGUGGGGGGAGCCACGUGUACAGGAACUGGAGUCUGACAGCUCGCCUGACGGGAAUCCACUGCAGGUCUGUAUGACUCGGAAGUGCAGCUAACAUUAGCCAGCUGGUACUUAGCCAUCUCUCAACAUUCAAAGUCGUUUGAACUUUACCCACAGUGUCGUUUUCAGUCAUCGUACUUGACAGGCAACCAUGGCUGUUUGGAAAACACUGUGGUGCAGGAACCUCCUGGCAAUGUCUCUGCUUUUCUGCGUCCUGCUCCACACCAUGGAUGUGCACGCACGCCCAGCCAACAUGUCGGCGGCAAAAGAAAAGUCUCCUGCUAGCAAGGACGACAACGAGAUUCUUCCCCCAGACCACCUGAAUGGGGUGAAGAUGGAGAUGGACGGCCACCUCAAUAAGGACUUCCACCAGGAGGUGUUCCUGGGUAAAGAGAUCGAGGAGUUUGAGGAAGACUCUGAGCCGAGGAGGAACAGGAAGAAGCUGAUCGACAUCUUCACCAAAGUUGAUUUCAACAAGGACAGGAGUGUUAGCGCCAAAGAGAUGCAGCGCUGGAUCAUGGAGAAGACGGAUGAGCACUUUCAGGAGGCCAUGGUGGAGAACAAGAACAGUUUCCGUGCUGUUGACCCGGAUGGUGACGGUCACGUGACGUGGGAUGAAUACAGAGUCAAAUUUCUGGCCAGCAAAGGUUUCAAUGAGAAAGAAAUUGCCGAGAAAAUAAAGAAUAAUGAAGACUUGAAACUGGACGAGGAAACUCAGGAGGUUUUGGAAAGCCUGAAGGACCGCUGGUUUCAGGCUGAUAACCCCCCCUCUGACCAGCUGCUGAAUGAGCAGGAGUUCCUGUCCUUCCUUCAUCCGGAGCACAGCAGAGGCAUGCUCAAAUACAUGGUCAAGGAGAUUGUGCGCGACUUAGACCAGGAUGGUGAUAAGAAACUGACCCUGUCGGAGUUCAUCUCUCUGCCCGUGGGCACCGUGGAGAACCAGCAGGCUCAGGACAUCGAUGAUGACUGGGUCCGAGAGAGGAAGAAGGAGUUUGAGGACGUCAUUGAUUCAGACCGUGACGGCAUCGUAACCAUGGAGGAGCUGGAGGAGUACAUGGACCCGAUGAACGAGCACAACGCUUUGAACGAGGCCAAGCAGAUGAUCGCCGUCGCAGAUGAAAACCAGAAUCAUAAUCUGGAGCUGGACGAGAUUCUCAAGUACAGCGAAUACUUCACGGGCAGCAAGCUCAUGGAUUACGCCAGAAAUGUCCACGAGGAGUUCUGAAAGACACACUUCCCCGUCUCAGUCGGCUCAGUGAAGCAGGGCGACAUCGUAUAUCUGCUUUAAAAAAAAAAAAAGGACAAGCCAGACAAGGGGGGGGGGGUUGAUGUUCUCGUGUGCAAUUUGUGUGUUUAAAAAGCCUCCACGGCCUCUUUCACUGCUGACUCCAAUUAAUACAUCCUUCCUUCAGCCCUGGACUGCCAGCCGUCAAAGUUAAAAUAGUCUGCCUUCUGUGUGCCAUCGGACUUUUUAAAUGUUGGGCUGUCAAAUUUAUUUGUGCGAUAUUGUGAAACGUGUGUGUAUAUGAGGAAUUUUAACCCUGACUUAGAUAUUUCUGUUCCUGGUGCAGUAGUGAGAGCGACUGCGCGGCGACGCGACGUCACCAUUAAUCUGCAGGAGGUCGUUUUUGUUUUAAGAUGGCCAGUCUGUAUACAGUGUAAAUAUUCAUUGUCGCGUACCAAUGCCUCUUGUCGGAGAGAAAAGCUGAAAAAAUAAAUAUAAUGCUGCUAAAAAAAACAAACAAAGGAACUUUAUAGAGAUGCUAUAAAAACUGUUUAUUGUUACACUUAAAUCCCCCAAAUUCAAAAGGUGAUUUUGUCCACAGUGGUGUACAAUCCCACUGGUGUCCAUUAAAGAUCCGUCCUACUUAUCAAACAGGGUGAAAGAAUAGAAGUAUAAACUGCCUCAGUAAUGUACAGUGGUCACAGCUCAGCACAUACUUUCAUUAACUAUGUUUUCAGAGUAAUAUAUGAGAACGUUUGCUUUUUUACACCCAGCAGACAUCUUGACUUGUUGAAGGAAAAAGCACAGGUUUCUCGUUCUCGUGUGUGUGUGUGUGUGUGUGUGUGUGGUCAAAAUGUCUCCUGUGUGUAAAGGCUUAUUUUGUUCUUGACUAAAAACAAUCUAAUUGAUGCUCUUGUUAAGAUGUGGAUGAAGAGGAACUUAUUUAUUUGACCAGUAUGAUUGGGGAUCUGCUGCAUCUUUGAACAUCUCACAGGUUUCUUUUCUUACGCUGGUCUCGUGUGUUGGUGCACAAAGAAUGCACCGCUCACUCUUCAUCGUGUUUACCUGUAAACUAAAUGUCGACUGCUUUUGGUUAAUGCGUAAAACUUCCACUCGUUUUUAAAUGCAUGGACAAACGAUGACCUUUACAUUCCUCCCUUCUGUUGAGCGUCUGGAUCCUGCGCCAGGCUGCUCCGUCCCGUUUGGAUUGUAAAAUAAGAUUUAUGAUGACAGAAUGUGACAGCUUUAUAAAAUCUAUUACAAAUAUGCUGGUAAACAAUAAAUAUUUCUUAUCAAUUAAAUAUCA